GUCCUUUUCAACCACCAGUUUUCAGUUCCUCGUGCACAAUAGUGGCGCUAUCGGGUUUGCACUUGGGACUGUACAGCGCUGUCAGUGCAUAAUCCUAAAUAUUGUCUGUGACCGUACAUUCGGUUAUACCUGGUUGUGUCGCUUAAAGUGCUGUUUGUCUCUACACUCGGGCUCAUCUCAAAUGCUUUCCUACAACACACCACAUUUAUAAAGGAAGCAUUUAUCCAAGAACAAUGGCAGAAAGCGGUGACACCGAAAUAAAGUUAGAACUAAACAAGGGAAGUGAUGAUGAAAAUGAGAAUCUGGAUCAAGUCUCCUCCCCUGUUGCAGAAGGCACAGAAAAUAUUCACAACCAAGGAGACACUGAUUCAGACACUAAACAGCACGGGGACGGCCCUCAAUCCGACCCAGUAAUUACUACAAAAGUUGACAAGGGAAUAGACAAUGAAAAUGGGCAGAGCCCAAAAGGGUUGACUUGCGAGACGCAGAAUCAUGAACUGAAGGAUGUACAGAAGACUGCACUGGAGGUCAAGCAAGAGAACAAUGAAUCCAGCGUGAGAAAACGUGAAGGAUUGAUUAGACAGAAAAAAGAGGACAAACAGGACAGGGCAAAGAAGGACAAGCAGAAGAACGAACAUGGGGACGGACAUGGGGACGGACCUGAGGGCGAACAUGAGGGCGAACAUGAGGGCGAACAUGAGGGCGAACAUGAGGGCGAACAUGAGGAUGAAAAGGAUGAUAUACAGGAGGACAAUGAAUCCACUAAGAGUAAAGAAGAAUGGUAUUGGCAGAUUCUUAUUGCCCUUGCGGUGUUUUUUGUUUUCUUUGCUUUGGUUUAUCAACUCUCUUACUCAACCCAACCUGUGCAAAAAAAUAUUGAUGUGGUGGAUGUGUUCAUCGAAAGAAUGGCAAAAGUUAAGUCUAGCUUUCCAAAUCAGCGUCCAGAGCUCUGGAAGAGAAGUCAGAUUCAUAUCAGCCGCCACCUAAAGACUGACAACCCCACUGAGCCAGUCAGCCUGAUUCUGACAUCUGGUCAUGGCGCCGAAAGAACGCUCGGUUGCCUGGCUCAGCGCUUGGCUGAGUCCUUUUCCGGUGCUAUUAAUUCUUCAUUCCUGACCAUUGAUGGAAAAAGCAAAACAUCGCAAGACAGUGACCAAGUCAAGCUAGACAUUGAUAGUGAUUUGAGGAAAGCCUUUGAGGGUAAGAAGCUUGCGGCAGUUAUACAACGCUUUGAGGAGCUCCCACCUGGAUCUACUCUCAUCUUCUACCGUUACUGCGACCAUGAAAAUGCGGCUUAUAAAAAGGUCCUUUUGGUGUUUACUGUUAUGCUGGAUGCGUUAGUGGAAAUCCCUUAUAAUACCUCUUUAGCCAGAAUUGAGGACAUGGUACUGGAGCAAAUAAAACGGAAGUUUGUCUCAUCGGACAAGUCGGCUGUGUUUAAUCAAAUGGACGUGGAUAAAUUAAGUGGACUGUGGAGCAGAAUCUCUCACCUCAUCCUGCCGGUGGCUGGAGAUGAGAUGAUUAAACAGAAGGGCUGUGGGUCUGAGGGUGAAUCAUUCUGAAAAUAGUUAAUGGACGUUUAGACUCUUUGCACAAAUUACUACUUGAAAUAUUCAACACAUUUGCAUCUUAAAGGAGGGCUCUAUACUUUGGAUACAAACAAUUGUUUAGACAUUUAUGAGUUGUUUGGUGUGUGCUUCUGUGUGGAUGAUGGCCCUCUGAAUUGUUAAUUUAAAAUAUUAAACACAUGAUAUUGAUUUAUUAUGAAUCUAAGGGCUUUAAACAUAGAAGGAACGUUUUUUUCCCAUUCAGAAUGUAUGUAUCUAAAUUAUGUUUUAAAGGUAAAUGAAGGUUGUUCCUAACAUAUUUGGUUGGCCAGGGAUUGCCUUUGGGAGAAGUUGAAUUUGGUGUCUAUGAUUAUUAUUUUGUUAAUUUUUAGCAACAGAGAAAACAAUAGUGCCUUAAUAAAUACACAUUCUUCUUUCAA